UAGUGAUAAUGCUCUAACAUUCACUAUGUGGCGUCUUAUUAUUAUUAUAAUCGUAGAUAAUGUGGUGAGUGAAGGCCAAUUUGAAUGUGGAGAGCACGGAAGAUUCGAAUAUUGUAUUGACGAAAUCCCUGGCUGUGUGAUAGGAUGCCACUGUCAUCCUGGCUAUUAUUUCGAUACAGAAUCGAAAAUAUGCGAACCAAACACAAAGCUGACUCUAGGUUCCAGAAGGACAUUUACAACCACAGAGCCUGUGGAGAUAAUUGAAAUCGGCGUAACAUCUCCUGACCCUAUAGAAAAUCAAGUCGAUGAAAUAACUAAAACUGCUGAUAACUUAGGAGACUGGCUCUAUAAUCAAUUUUUUAAAACUGUAGAAAAUCAAGUUAUUAACAAUACAAAAAAGGAUGACUCUCUGACUAGGCGAAGUAAUUUGCCUUUGCCGGAAAAAAAGAAUAAAAAUAAAUUGUCUCGUAAAAGAAGAGGUAAAUCAAAAAAGAAUGGUAAAAAAUCAAGUCUGAGACGAAAAUUACUCAGGAUCACGGAGAAUGAUAGUGCCUUUGAUUCGAGUUCACAAUCUGAAUCUGAUUCAAGCAAUUCUGAUUCUAGUGAAAGUGAUAGCUCUGAAGAAGUGAUCCAUAGUGAAAACAAGCAUCAAGAUGAUAAAGAACAUGGACAUAAAAAAAUUGUCAUCAUUAACAAAAAGCCCAAGCCUCAAUUACCUUCAUUUAUAUUCUUGCCUAACAUGGACACAGCAUAUUACCCACCCAUUGGACUGCCACCACCACCAGCUUUGCCAAUGUAUCCAAUAGUUCCUGUUCCUCCAGUCAUGCCUCCUGUGUUUCCAUUUUACCCAGGACAACUAGCAAAUAUUACAGACUGUGAAGAAAAUAGCGGAAAAACAUCUUCUACCACUUCAACAACAAUUACACCUACUACCACUACAUCGGAGACACCCAAGACUACUACAGCCAAAGAGGAAACCAUUGCUACUGAAAUAACCACAACGAAAACUACUUAUACAAACGCAGAUGAUGAAGAUGUAUCAGCAUCCGAAAAAAAUGCGAUUCGAGCUGCAUUUACCAAAAAAAGGGGCAAGCCUUCUAGGAUACGUCAAUCGAUGAAUUAUGGAGCAAAGCAGCUCAAACCCAUAAAUAGGAACCGACAAAAAAUUUCACAUAGAUUUCAAGAUAAUAGACAAAAUUCUAUGCCUCCUUGGAGCAAGAAAAACAAUAAGCCUUUUAAUGAUGAUUUUUCAAAUUAUAAAGAUGCGAUUGAUGAAAACCAUAGUAACGAAGUAUAUUUGCAGCACGAUAAAAGUAAUUAUAAUCCUCAAAAAACAGAUGUUAAUUUCAAAUAUAUUAGCGAACUUAUUCAUCAAGGAAAUCUGAAUAGUUCUGAUGCUCUGCCACCUAUUGAAUACAAUCCCAAUGAAAGCAUAGAAAUCUACAAACCAUCAUAUCAGCAUAGAAAUUUCAAGGCAGUUUCAAAUAACCCACAAACACGUAGAAGCUUUUCGGAUGAUACCUAUUAUACGAAUUUAGGCAGACAAAUUGCUUCCUUGAUAAGAAGUGCAGACACACAAAACCAACAAGUAAAUGUAGAGUUACAGGAAUACGAUGAAAAUAGUAAUGUUAAUUUAAUUUUAAAUAACAAUUCACCAAGAUCUUUUUGGGAAAGAUCUGUGAGAUCUCCAUUAAAGUUGCACAAUAGAGAUACAAAUAAAUUUGAAUAUUUGACAAAGAGUAACGAAGUUCUGUUUGAUAUUGAAAACAGGGUAGAAAUACUAGCAUCUACAGUACCAACCUUAACUUUACAAGAAAUAGAAAAUGUUGUCAAUAUUGUAGAAAGAGCACGUAACAAAAUACAAAGCGAGGGAAAUAACAGUAAGCCAAAUGCAACAAAUUUUAACAUUUGGGAAGAACGCGCUGAGAGACCUACUUCUACCAAAGUAAAUCUAAAGAACAACAAAUUAUCUGAUGAUCUGUCAGCCGCUAAUGGGUUUCACUUAAACAAUUAUCAAAAAAUCAUAGGACGUAUAACUCCUUCCAGACAAAAUGAAAUGAAUAGUAUUAAGAAAUUACAGCCACGUACUAGUACAGAUUUGAAACGCGCUGAGCAUGUCCCGCAAAUGAAGCAACAAUAUCCACAGCAACAAAACGUACAAGCUCACUGGACUUAUCCACAAACAGGCUACUCUUUACCCAAGUACAGUUUCAAGAGUGACAAUUAUUUUCGUAACAAAGAGAUUGCAGGACAGGAACAUAGAAAUCAUCUUACAGCAAACCCUGGAAUCAUAAUACCGAAAGCAACAUAUCGACAACCAUCGUAUUUUCGUUUAUUCGACUAUUAACUUCGCCUGACUGUAACUUAUCAGACAAGAAAUAGUUUUUAAAUUCAAAUAUUAUUUAAAGUUCUGUUAGAGCACUUUCGCACUACGUCCUGUCAGAGUCCGAUCCGUAUCCGUGAAAACACGGUCCAAUGUAGUCGUAGAACUGAUUCUAUUGUAGUUUUCGCACUUUCGUCAUCUGAUUUCUUUCCGUCCACUAUUAAUCUCCGUUACGGAGAAGAAAUUAAUCAUUGAUGGACCGAAGAAGCCAUAGUAUUAUUUAUAUGAACGCUCGGGCACUGCGUUCCAUCCUAAUCCGAAUUACAGGGAAGUGUAGUGUGUGUAAACAAUAAUAAAUAUUGUCUGAUUUAGAACUGAGUUUUACAUACCUUAAUGUAAAUUUGCAAACAUUUCUUCUGGUGGUAUACAUUGUGUCUUGACGUUGACGCCGAUUGCAAGGAUUCAUGAUCAACGACAUGAAUGCUCUGCUGCGGCUCCUUGUAAAAUACCGUAUGGCAAUAAGUGGCUCCUGAAUUGCUUGAAAUCGGAUCAGAGAUGGGGCUAAGCAAUAUCCGAGUUCGUUCUGAGAUUUCUAGACCGGUAUUGUCACGGGUACGGAUCGGACUCUGAUCGGACGUAGUGCAAAAGCGCUUUUACCAUUUUAUAAUAUAUCAUAUUUUAUAUAGUUUUCUAUUUUAGCAAGUGCUUUCAUAAUUAAUACAUUUUUGAUGUUCAAACUAAAAUCCAAAUCAAUAUUGAUUGUUUGAUCAUCUAUGUCUGCAGAAUAAAGGCCUCGGUUUCCAAUAUCAAUCAUUGGCAAGCCAGCCGCUCUGUGAAAAUUGAAAAGAAUAAAAGAUUAUUUCGGAUGAAUAAUUUGAGUAAUAACAAUAAGUGUACAUAGAUUGAAUUUAUUUAUAUUUCUUUUUUCGGGCCCUUUUUAUUUUAGUGCUUGUGGAUAGCCAUCCUAUAUUUAAGACUCUGCUUUCAAGUGGGCAUCACCAAGAUUGCUGUUCGGAAAUGUGCACCAUGACAAUUUAUACAGAAUGCUUCUUUUAUAAAAGAUUUUUAAUCGAUUUGUAAUAAAUGUGCAUUCAAUGCGUUAAAACUUUUUUUUAUUACUAGCUGACCCGACAGACGUUGUUCUGUAUAUAAUAAAUAAAAUAAUGUGUUUAUAUGAAUUUGUCAAUAUUAUAACACCAAAAAUUACUUCGUAAAA